GUUUAUGGAUGGCUUGCAGACAUUGGGUGUUGCCAAUGCCAUAGUAAACCAUCAUGACCAGAUGAGACCCCUUUUUGUUGGAGGACUUCGUGCUGUCAGUCUCGAAGACAUGCAGGGUCUCUUCCAGCUGCACCUCUCUGAACCUGGGAGCAACAAUAGAAGGGUGGAGAACCAGACAUUACUGUUUUGGAAUGACUGGUUGAUGGAGGUGGAUG